AUGUUUCUUUUGUCCCUAAAACAUAUAUCCAGCAGCAGCAGCAGCAGCAGCAGCAGCAGCAGCAGCAGCCGCAGCCGCCGCAGCAGCAGCAGCAGCGUGCUCAGUGGAAGCCACGCAUACUGCGUAAACGAUUACGCAGCAGCAGCAGCAGCAGCAGGAAAUAGCAUACGCAGCAAGAGCAGCAGCAACAGCUGCAGCAGCAGCGACAGCAGCAGCAGCAGCGGCGGCAGUAGCAGCAGCAGCAGCAGCAAGUACAACUUCUGCGGCCGCACGAGCUGCAGCAGCAGCAGCAACAGCGGAAGCGCGUUGCACUUGUCACUGGGAGACAGAAGACUCUUGCCCCUGCAGGGUUGGGACUUGGGCCGCAGCGUGGCCAACUUCUGGGGCGGAGGCGGCGAAGAAGCAAGAGAAGGGUUUAAUGCCACUUACACAGCUUAUCCCGUUUCUUUUGCUGCGAAGGACCACCUCGAGAGCGGCAACAAAAUCUUGCUGCCGCCGUCGGCUCUUCACGCGCUCGCGCGUCUGCACAUAUCCUGGCCGAUGCAUUUCCGCAUUUGCAACACUGCUAAGGACAAACUGACCCACUGCGGGGUGUUGGAGUUCGUGUCGGAGGAAGGCACGUGUUACAUGCCCUACUGGAUGAUGCAAAACCUCCAACUCGAAGAGGGGGGCCUUGUUAGUGUUUCGGAUGUGUCUUUGCCGAAAGGGACUUACGUGCAGCUGCAGCCGCUGGAAACGGAGUUUUUGGAAAUCAGCAACCCCAAGGCCCUGCUGGAAAUGGCCCUGCGGGGCUACGCGGCGCUGACCAAAGGCGAAGUCGUGUCUCUUCCUUUCUUGGACUGCGUCUACCACCUGCUUGUUGCCGACUUGCGGCCAGCCCCUGCAGUGUCGAUUGUUGAAACAGACAUCGAAGUAGAGUUUAAGGCCCCCGAGGGUUCCACAGGGCCCAGCCCAAACCCUGAAACGCCCACAGAGGGCGGGUAUAUCAGCAGCGACGAGGCCUCUGAAGAGACGGGACCAGAGUCCAGCAAUGUAGGUGCACAAGUUGAGGGUUUAGGCGUUUCUCUGGAGAGGGCCGCCGCCUUGAUGGGCGUCCCCUUCGCAGCAGCAGCCGCAGCAGCAGCAGCAGCAGCAGCAGCAGCAGCAGCAGCAAGGAAACAGCGGAAGCAAAGCUGCUGCGUCAGAAACCCUGGCUGGGGAAGCUGCCCCAUGGCGUUCGACGCGAGUGCGCCGCCUACGAAGCCCUGGUGCGGUCUGGACGAAUUCCAGGAGUUGUGGGGAGGGUUUCUGUUGCUGCUGCUGCUGCUGCUGCUGCUGCAGCAGCAGCAGCAGCAAAGCCGCAGCAAAGCGGCGAAGCGCCCAGCAACUUCCAGCUCUUCGGAGGCACCGGGAAUAGCCUGGAGUAGGGCAGCAGCAGCAGCAGCAGCAGCAGCAGCAGCAGCAGCAGCAGCAGUGGCUUCUGCUGCUGCGACAGCAGCAGCUGCAGCAGCAGUAACAGCUGCAGCAGUAGCAGCAGCUGCUGCAGUAUUCAGUACACCAACAGCAGUAGCUGCUGUGGCUGCAGCAGGUAGAGCAGCAGCUGCAGCAUUUAUACCUGCAGCAGCAGGAACAGCAGCAGCACCUGCAGCAGCAGCAACUGCAGCAGCAGCAACUGCAGCAGCAGCACCUGCAGCAGCAGCACCUGCAGAAGCAGCACCUGCAGCAGCAGCACCUGCAGCAGCAGCACCUGCAGCAGCAGCACCUGCAGCAGCAGCACCUGCAGCAGCAGCAGCAAUUUCCCUCCCGUCUGCAGCAGCGGCUGCCCCCAGCAGCAGCAGCAGCAGCAGCAGCAGCAGCAGCAGCAGCAGCAGCUGUUUGCUGCUGAGCAGCAGCGAAGACCGCACAGUCCGCCUGUGGGACCUGCGGCAGCAAAAGGGGCCCCUGUGUCUCUCUUUAGACCCUUGGGGGGCCCCCGGCGCUGUGGGAGCAGCAAAGUUUGCUGCUGCUGCUGCUGCUGCUGCUGCUGUUGCUGUUGUUGCUGCUUGCGGCAGCAAGCUCCUCACCUUCGACCUGCGGCACACGCUGCGGCCCCUUCAGCAGCAGCAGCAGCAGCAAGACCAGCAGCAGCAACAGCAAGAACAGCAGCAGCAGCAAGAACAACAGCAACAGCAGCAGCAGCAGCAGCAAGAACAGCAGCAGCAGCAGCAGCAGCAGCAAGGGGAGGUUGAGGCUAGUGCUGCUGGGAUUACGCCCUCGGUGAUAGACGUGAGGGCCCUUUGUUCCGGAGAAUCAGCAGCAGCAGCAGCAGCAGCAGCAGCAGCAGCAACAGCAGCAGCAGCAGCAGCAGCAGAAGAAGAGGAAGCAGACAGCGAUUGGGACAUAAACGACUUUGACGUGUGGCAGCCCCCUGCUGCUGUGCUGCAGCAGCUGCUGCGCAGCAGCAGAAGCAGCAGCAAAAGCAGCAGAAGCAGCAAGAAAUCCGCAGCAGCUCCUUCAGCAGCAGCAGCAGCAGCUGCAGCAGCAGCAGCAGCAAAUUCCCCUGCAUCUGAAGGCCCCCUCAUCGCCGUCCCCACAGACGGCGGCAGAGUGGUGCUGCUGCUGCAGCAGCAGCAGCAGCUGCAGCAGCAGCAGCAGCAGCAGCAGCAGCAGCAGCCUUUGCUGCUUCACCUUCCUGCUGCUCCGCAGCACAGCAACAUUUGCGGCAUCGCCAGAUUCAGGAAAAGCUGCGACGCAGACCUCAUCACAGGAGG